GGAUCCACUAUUUUUUGUCCUUCUUUCUUCUUCCUCACCCGUGCGUCUGCUCUUCUUUUCUUCUCCCCUGCAACCAAACAAGAAGCAUGCUGCCGACAGCCCUCCCUUGAAGAAAAAUUGGUAAGAAGCUUGGAUUUUCCCUUAUUUUCUUGUUUAAGAACCAGAUUUGGAGCUUAAAAAUCUCCCCUCCCCCCCGCAAGAAUUUCCGGAUCUGCUUUGCUUUGUCCGUCCACCGGUGCUGCUAGGCACGAAUUUCUGGGCUUUUUCCGGUAAGCCACAGCCAUGAACUCCAUCUUUUCAGCUUUAUUUAGCUUGGGUUCAUGUUAAAUCUGUUGUUCCUUCAAUUUUUGGGUUAAUUCCAUGAGUUUCCCCUGCACUUCCCGCCGGCUCCUCCCCAAACUGUAGCUCCGGUUUUGCUUGCUGGAUUUAUGGAAGCAAAACCAAGGACAAGGAAACCACGGGAAGUGACGAGUUAGAAGGCUAGCCAUUUUGAGAUUUAUAUAGAUUUUAGAUAUAAAUCAUGAUCUUGUAAACUAGACUUUAUUUGGAGAUUUAGGAGAUCAAAACAGAUUUUGGUCAUUAGAUCAAUUACUUGGAUUUAAGUCUUUUUGGAUAUAGAAAUAAAUUGAGAUGUUUGAUUUAAAUUAUUGGAUUGUCAGAUGUGAAUUGGAUAAGUUAUGGAGUGGUAUCAGAUUGUGAUAUGAUUAAGUUCCGAGUCUUGUGCAUUUGUGGGACCCGUCUCACGAGUGCACGGCGUUUGUUACGCCUCGAAUUUGGGUUCUGGAGCGUGACAGUCAUGCUUUUUGUCACUUAAUUUCACACAUUGUAUGGAUUAAUCAUACCAGUCCUUGUUUAAUUCAAUCAUGAUAUUUCAAGGACUAAGUUUCCUUGUUGUUAAGCCCAUACGCAUUGUCUACUUUAAAAGCAACACUUUUGGACUAUCCAACAUCAUGAACCAAACUAGCCAUAUGCAGGUGAAGGACUUGACAUUGAAGUUAGUUCUCCACCAAAUUGUGAUGAAAGUGCAAGGCACCUACUCCACACAUGUGUACUUUUAACCAAAAUUUUUGAUGCAUUAGAAGUUUUAAAUUCAGUUUGAAGAGUUCUAUAAGCCAAUGCAAAAUGGCAAAGUGGACCUGAUUUUGCAAGUUCAUAACAGCAACUAUCUGUGACGGUUCCAACUUCAAAUAUGCUUGAAAAAACCUGCUUCACACAUUUUACAUGCAUCUUGCUUUCACAACCAAGUUUUUUGAUAAGG